GCUUCCGGUAUUUGCGCAUGUUCUUUUAAAGUGCUUUAUUUGUCGUAGCACCAAAUUUACAUUCUGCGUCUCGUCGUUUUGGGAAAUCAUCAAGCCGCACCUGUCGCUAUGAAAAGUGCACUUAUAAUCCUUUUUUGCUGUGUUUCUUCAGCACUGUCAUUACGGCAUGAUGGAAAACCCCCAGUGACGGUCAGUCCCGCUGAAGAAUUCUUUCCGAAAAGUGAACCAGACCCGACUGUCAAACCGACCACGGCGCCCGCCGAACCAACCACGGCGCCCGCCAAACCGACCACAGCGCCCGCCAAACAGACCACGGUGCCCACCAAACCGACCACGCCGCCCGCCAAUGCCACGACCGAUCCCGCCCCCACACCAACCAACGCUUCCAUCACCCCUACACCCAUCACCAGUACCACCGUGGCGCCUCCCACCACGACUCCAGCCAAACCCACUCCACCUGCCGAUUUGAGAGCAGGAGACUACCGGCUCAUGAAGGGCAAAGCCGUUUGCUUGAUGGCCCAUGUGGCCUUGCAGGUCCGACUCGUGACACCAGAGGCCAGAGGAACGUUCAUCGUGCAGCCCAACAAGACUCGAGCCAUUGGGGAGUGUCAAGAGAACAAGGCCAAUCUCACGCUGGUCUUCCAGGAGGGUUUCAUCACCUUCAUGUUCAACAAGAGCACCAGCGAAAACAUCGCCUACGUUGACACGUUGAUGUUCAGCCUCGCCUACCCCUUGAGCAACGUCAGCGGACACUACGCCGCCACCAACCACUCGCUGCGUGCCUUCCCUGCAAAGAUCGGCCACUCGUAUUCGUGCCGGAGCGAAUCCGUCUACAUGGGGAAUGGCCUGUAUCUGGAUGUCAAGGAUGACCGCAUGCAGGGCUUCAAUCUGACCAAGAGCGAUGAAUUUGGCGUCACCGACCACUGUGUGGCCGACCAGCCCGAUUACAGCGUGGCCAUCGGUGUGGGCGUCACUUUGCUGGUGCUGGUCUUGGUGGUGUUGGCGGUCUAUUUGCUGGGCCGCAAGAGGAGGACGGAUGGCUACCAGUCGCUGUGAGGAACCUCCCCCAAGGCAGGGCGGUUCUUGGCCAACCCAACGCUGCCACCCAUCCCCGUGGAAAAUCCUUGUCCCGGUCCCCAACGCGCUUCCAAUGACGUACUCAAGGUUGCGGUCUGUUCUUCAUCCAGGGUGUAGCUUACCAUUGCAACUGCUAGCAUGUUAGCAUUAAAUUCCCAAAACCUGAACAGAGCAAGAGACCACCCGCAGUCACAAAAAUGCCAAGAUUGACGUGAUCCAGAGUGUAGAAACUGGGCAACCCUUACCGAUUGGCCUAUGGACUUCCCAAAAUUCAGUUUCAGUGUCUUAGCAAAAAUGUUAGCAUAUCAACUGUUCCCAGGUUAGAAUUCUCAUCAGAACGUAGCUCUAGAAUACAGGCGGAGAUGGCAAACGGUACCAAGAUGUCUUGUUGAAUCAUGCUGUGCUCUUUUUUUUCUCUCUCUCUGCCUCUCUUGUCAUGUUGUAAGCUUCACUGGAGCUGCUGUGUAUGUUUUACGGAAUUGCACUGUUUGUUGUUGUUUUUAAAGAAUCACGCCAUGCCUGUGUUUCCUCGAGUGCUUUUGAAGUCAGUUGCUGCCUGGGGCGUUGGGUCGUUUUAUCAGUUAUUUCAUAUUGACUUGGGUUUUUUUUUUCAAUUCACUUCGUUUUAAUUUGUUAUUUCAAGCGGGUUAAUUAUUGAAAUUGUUUCAAAAAUGCUUCAUUUUAGUUUAGUUUUAAUUAUGGGUUUUUUUAAACCGUAUUUGUUGAGUGCAGUAUUUUAAAAAAGUGUCACUCGGAAUUGUAUAAUCAAAUAAAUUACAAUUCUUAAACAACUGUUUGACCGUCAAUCUUCUUUACGGAUGUACAGAACCACCAAAAUAAAUGCCAACCCAAUUCCGAUGAACUUGGGACGUUAUGUCAAAUAUAAAUAAAAACGGAAGACAAAUGACGUGCAAAUUAUGUUCAACCCAUAUCUCGUCUCUGUAAUGUAUUGAAUUAAAUAUUUCAUGUUCAAACUGA